AUGGCUGUUCCUCUAGGGUUUACGACAGCUGUUGUGAUCUCCUCAAGCGAAGCAGCUGAAGAAGUUCUCAAAACCAAAGAUGUUGAGACAUGUACUCGACCACAGAUGUUGGGGGCAAGGAGACUCUCGUAUAACUUUAAAGACAUCACUUUUGCACAGUUCACUGAUACUUGGAAAGAGAACCAUAAAGUCUCGAUGGUGGAGCUUUUGAACUUCAAGAAGCUUCAAACUUUUAAGUCUUUAAAGGAGGAAGAGAUGGAUUUCAUGUGUUUAGGACAGAACUUGCACACGAACAAAUUUUUCGACGAGGAGAAAAUCAUACAGCUUGUUAUGGAAGGCUCCCUAGCCACAGGUGAAUUUGGUGUCGCUGAUUUCUAUCCUGGCAAACUAGGAAACUUUGCAGAUUGGUUGCUCCAAAGAAAACGAGUUAUACUAGAGAAAAUGUUUAAGGAGCUUGACGAUUUUUACCAACAUGUGAUUGAUGAUCACUUGAAGUCAUUAGAUGGACCCAGAGGUACAGAUCCUUCUGCCGAUAUCGUUUCCGGGAUGCUGAAUUUGGUUGGUAAAAAUGGAACUCCUGGCUCCAAACGCAACUUGGAUCAAGUCAAAGGAGUACUCAUGAAUCUUUUUCUAGGAGGGAUAGAUACAGUUGCCAUAAUUCUGAUAUGGGCAAUGACAGAACUCAUUAGACACCCAAGGGCGAUGAAGAAAGCACAAGAAGAGAUUCGGUCUGUCCUCGGAGAGAAAAGAGAGAAGCUCACGGAAGAAGACUUAGAGAAAGUCGAAUACUUGAAGCUCAUAGUCAAGGAAACAUUCAGAUUGCAUCCAUCAGUUCCAACUAUACCUAGAGAAUCGAUGUGUCCAAUAAAGAUCCAAGGCUAUGAUAUCCCUGCAAACACGCGGAUCUACAUCAACGUAUGGGCGAUUGGACGAGAGGCCAAGGUUUGGGAAAACCCUGAAGAAUUCAUCCCUGAGCGGUUCAUGGAUAGUGAUGUCCAUUUCAAGGGACAACACUAUGAGUUGUUACCCUUUGGUUCUGGUCGGAGACUCUGUCCCGCGGUUUCAUUUGCCAGCAGUACAAUAGAAUUUGGGCUCUUGAAUAUGCUUUACUUCUUUGACUGGAGCUUACCCGAUGGUGUGGUCGCCGAAGACAUUGAUAUGGGAGAUAUUGGAAAUAUCUCCUUUUACAAGAAAGUACCUCUCCUCCUUGUUCCCGUUAAACACAUUUAACGAGAUCGUCACAAA